AUGGUCCUUCGUCGCAAAGCCCAACCUGCCUCCCUUUCGGAAGGCGCAGAAGAGAUCGGCGAAACCACUGCGAUUGAGACGGAUCCAAUUGCAGAACUCAAGAAAGAUGACGACGGACCAGUCACACCAUCCUCCCCUUCGGAGAAAGGCAUCGAGGAGAAGACGUCCCACGAACUGGAGAUCGACGAGGCCCAAGCCGGACUUCGCGAACUCGAUGGAUCAGAAGGCGUCACCAAGAUUUCGGAUCAAGUCAUUCGCGACGGUGCCGAUGUGUCCAGAAUCGCAGUCUCGACUCGUGACGACGGAGACCCGGCCCUGACCUUCCGCUCGGUAGUACUUGGCUCAGUCCUUGCCGCGUUCAGCUCUGUAGUCACCGUCUUCUAUCUGUUCAAGCCUGUCCAGAUCAGUAUCAGCACCGUCUUUCUUCAACUCGUGGCGUACGUACUGGGCGUUGGUUGGGCCAAGUUGACCCCCUCAGCCGAGCGCUUCGAAAGAGUCUCACCACGACUCGGCGCUGUCGCACGCUUCUUCAAUCUGGGUCAGCCAUUUGGGCUCAAAGAGCAUGUUGUUGCCACCCUGAUCGGUAGCUGCGCCAACAACUCACUUGCAGGUGUCGAAGUAGCCAUAGUGCAAAGACUCUUUUACCCACAGAGCUCGCUGGACACCACCACUGUUCUGUUCGGUCUGUUUUCCAUUUCCAUCAUAGGGUUCGUGAUUGCUGGCGUACUCCGUCCGCUCAUCGUCUAUCCGGCAGAGAUGGUCUAUUGGACGCAAUUGCCACAAAUUUCACUGAUGCAGAGUCUUCACUAUGACGUCGCAAAAAACAAGAAACGCCUCACCCGCUUCGGUCAGGUCCUUCUCGGUUCGACGAUCUACGAGCUCUUUCCUGCCUAUCUCUUCCCAACCCUAAACGGAAUUAGCAUUCCGUGCUUUCCCUCUGCGCGUUAUUCUUCGGCCGCUAGAGAUGUCGCGACAAAUAUCUUCGGAGGCGCGAACUCGAAUGAAGGUCUGGGACUUCUCAACUUUUCCCUUGACUGGCAGUAUAUCACCUCCUCGGCACUGUCACUGCCACUCAAGCAACAGGCUAAUAGCUGGAUCGGCUUGGCUUUGAUGUGGCUCAUCAUGCCGCUGCUCUACUACCGCAACGCCUUCGGUUCUCGCGCUGCGCAGCUCCCAAUGCUCGGCACGUCUCUUUACGCAGAAGACGGGUCGAAGUACAAUCUGACCGCGGUCUUCGGUCACUCGCUCACCAUCAACAACACAGCGUUGGCAGAGCAGGGGCUGCCAGUGCUGACGUCGUCCACUCUCUGGGGAUACAUUUCAGCGAAUCUUGCUGUCGCCGCGCUCAUUUCGCACGUUCUUCUGUUCUACGGAGCGGACAUGUGGAAAGCGCUCAAGCAAGCUAGAGCUGGUACUCAGCCAGAUCCUCACUACCAAGCGAUGAAGAAGUACAAGGAGGUGCCCAUGUGGUGGUACGGUAUCGCCUUUGUCCUUGCUUUCUUUGCUGGCCUUAUCUCCGUCCUGCACGGCCAAACGAUGCCGUGGUGGGCUUACCUGGUCUCGCUCCUCUUAGGGGCUGUCAUCGCUCCUCUGUCUUGCGUUUUGUACGGGCUCUUCGGAAAUGGGCGACGUCGACGUUCCCUCGAUCCUCUCGAUUCGGAUAGCAUUGGCACGAACACUCUGUCUAAGAUGGUAGGCGGCGUCCUUGUACCGGGGAGGCCCCUCGCCGGGCUAUGGUUCGCUAGUUUCAGUCACCAGGUCAUCCUUCUCGCUGUCAACCUCGCGUCUGGUCUCAAAUUUGGGCAAUACACUAAGAUACCUUGGCGCACUCUCUUCGCAAGUCAAGCAUACGGAACACUACUUGGUCUUUUGGUGAACUACCUCAUCGCAGUUCAGGUUGCCGUGAGCAAGAGGGAGGUGCUUCUCAACGACGAAGAUUCCAACGUGUGGUCCGUCGCGAUGUUUUCCAACCUCAAUUCCCAAGCGGUUACAUGGGCGAUAGCAGACCGCGUAUAUUCGUACUCUCGAGGCGCUGGAUACUGGCUAGUUCCUUUCGCGCUCUUGAUAGGCUUCAUCAUCCCAUUCAUCCACUUCAUCGUCCAGCGCCGAUGGAAAUCCUUGGAGAAGUACCAAGUAAACGCUCCCAUCAUUUUGCAGUACAUGGGCGGCUACAACUACUUCGGGGCCUUCAGUUACCUGACAUCGACAGUAGCCAUCGGGGCAGCUGCUCAACUCUGGCUUCGUCGUCGACAUCCCAAACUAUUCAACAAGUACAUGUACAUCGUAGGGUCGGCCUUGGACGGCGGCUCGCAGAUCACCCUGUUCAUCUUAAGCUUUGCUGUUUACGGCGCUGCCGGGCCUGCCAGACCUUUCCCAACGUGGUGGGGAAACCCAAAUGGCAACGUCGAUCACUGCAAUCCGCCCGAAUGA